GAGAGAGAACUGAGGCAGCGGUAGGAGAGGAGUGUAGAGCUCGGGAUUCCAGCGGAGAGCGCGUCCAAGGGGCACGGUGCCGGCGACGUGAUGCUUCUGCCUGGGCCUACUUAGGACCGGAAGUGAGCCGUCGUGCGGGGAGGAUGCCGGGAAGCAGUUAUAGACUACCAGGAUCUCCACUUAGGGCAGUGGGCAUCUUCUCUGACAGUGGAACAUUGGGCAGGAGCUUUGCCAUUGGCUGGUCGAGAAGGAGGAAGCAGAAUGUCUACAUUGUUACACCACAGAGUACAAACUUCAGAAUACUUUGGGUUAAGCAAUAUCUCUUACUCUGCAAAUGAUUAUGUCUUCACCUGUCCUCUUUGAUCAUCACAAAGUAAUGAAAGACCUUUUAGGUCUUAUGAAUUCAGGUUACACUGUUUUCCAGAUGCUCUGGCAGCUGGUACAGGGCUUGUGAAAAAUGGAACCAAACUCUCUGAGGACUAAAGUCCCAGCUUUCUUAUCCGACUUGGGGAAGGCCACAUUGAGGGGAAUCAGAAAAUGUCCCCGAUGUGGCACAUACAAUGGGACCCGGGGACUGAGCUGUAAGAACAAGACAUGUGGAACCAUAUUUCGCUAUGGUGCACGGAAGCAGCCUAGUGUUGAAGCUGUCAAAAUUAUCACAGGCUCUGAUCUGCAGGUCUACUCAGUGCGGCAAAGAGACCGGGGCCCUGAUUACCGAUGCUUUGUGGAGCUAGGUGUUUCAGAGACAACAAUCCAGACGGUGGAUGGGACGAUUAUCACUCAGCUGAGCUCUGGACGGUGUUAUGUCCCCUCAUGUCUGAAAGCUGCUACCCAAGGCGUUGUGGAAAACCAAUGCCAGCACAUCAAGUUGGCGGUGAACUGCCAGGCAGAGGCCACUCCCCUAACCCUGAAGAGCUCAGUCCUGAACGCAAUGCAGGCCUCCCCAGAAACCAAACAAACUAUCUGGCAGUUGGCCACGGAACCCACGGGUCCCCUGGUACAAAGGAUUACUAAAAACAUCUUGGUGGUGAAAUGCAAGGCAAGCCAAAAGCAUAGCUUGGGGUAUUUGCAUACAUCAUUUGUGCAGAAAAUCAGUGCCAAGAGCUUGUCUGAGCGCCGCUUCUUCUGCUCCUGCCAGACUCUGAAAUCGCACAAGUCGAGUGUCUCUAAGGACGAGGCAGCCCAGAGAUGCAUUCAUUUCUUUGCUUGCAUCUGUGCCUUUGCCAGUGACGAGACAUUGGCUCAGGAAUUCUCAGACUUCUUAAAUUUUGAUUCCAGCGGACUUAAAGAGAUUAUUGUGCCCCAGAUAGGCUGCCAUUCAGAAUCAUCAGUAUCAGCUUGUGAGUCUGCUGCCUCUAAGCCAAAGAAGAGGAAAAAGGAUGAAGUAUCUGGUGUACAGAUGAACAGUUCACUAUUGCCUCAAGAUGCAGUGAACAGUAAUCUAAGAAAAAGUGGCCUGAAAAAGCCUGUGGUUGCUUCUUCAUUAAAAAGGCAAGCUUGUGGUCAGCUGUUAGAUGAGGCACAAGUGACCUUAUCCUUCCAAGACUGGCUGGCCAGUGUCACAGAACGCAUUCAUCAAACCAUGCACUAUCAGUUUGAUGGCAAACCAGAGCCACUGGUGUUCCACAUUCCUCAGUCCUUCUUUGAUGCACUGCAACAGAGAAUAUCCAUAGGAAGUGCCAAAAAACGGCUCCCCAAUUCUACCACAGCUUUUGUUCGGAAAGAUGCCUUGCCACUGGGAACCUUUUCCAAGUAUACCUGGCAUAUCACUAAUAUUCUGCAAGUUAAACAAAUCUUAGAUACUCCAGAGAUGCCCUUGGAAAUCACUCGUAGCUUUAUCCAGAACCGUGAUGGGACUUACGAACUGUUUAAAUGCCCUAAAGUGGAAGUAGAGAGCAUAGCAGAAACCUACGGUCGCAUAGAAAAGCAACCAGUGCUACGACCCUUGGAACUAAAAACUUUUCUCAAAGUUGGCAACACUUCCCCAGAUCAAAAGGAGCCAACACCUUUUAUCAUCGAGUGGAUCCCAGAUAUCCUUCCCCAGUCCAAGAUUGGUGAGCUGAGGAUCAAAUUUGAGUAUGGUCACCACCGGAAUGGGCAUGUGGCAGAGUACCAAGACCAGCGGCCCCCGCUGGACCAGCCCUUGGAACUGGCCCCUCUGACCACUAUUACCUUCCCUUGAGGCAAAACAAGAGAGUCUUUUGCUGCUAAAUUUGCACAUCCCCACUCCUUGACAACUUUAAAUACUAGUUAGGCACUUAUAUCGCACUGUUCCUUAGUGAACUGAUCUUAGCUUAGAUGCGAUUUCUCAAUGCUAUUCAGUGGAUUCUGUUGAAAAAAAAAAUUCUUCUUGUAAAUGGCCUUUUUGAUGCUGCUGUGUACAGUCUUCAUUAUAAAUGGGCAGUAUUUCUGGCUAGUUUUAAAAGGAACACAGAGAAAACCAGCUCACUUUCCUUCUUAUGGACUCACCUUUAGAAUUUGUUUCAACCUUUUUCUGAUUUUCUAAGAAGUUAGCAGCACUCAGCUUUAUACCAACAGUGUUGGAAAGUUAAUAAUACCCUGGUUAGGGCAGAAUGUUAACGACCAUCCUGGCAGAGUGUUAAGGACCAUCCUGGCAGAGUUCCAACCAUGCUUUUUAUUCUGUUCUCAAAUAAAGCACAGUGCCACUAGUUUUUUCCAAA